AUUAAGAUAUUUUACCAAGUGUGACGAUGUAAGUAUAUAAGCUAUACAUUCAACUUCAAUUAUUCCUCAUGAAGUCAUUAAGACCAGGAAAUACCUCCACACAAGACCUCAUUGUCAUCACAUCACACAAAGCAAAAUGAAGUUUGCCACUGUACUUGGUCUUUUGUCACUGGCAACCGCCGUUACCGCAAAGCACUACUGCUUUGGUGGCUGCGUCAAGUGCUACUGCGGCGACAUCCAGUACGACGACCACCGAUGCUCAAUGUGCAGUUGUAAUCACAACGCCUACAAGUCCGACGACCCCAACAAUAAGCAAGGUAACUGCGAUCAGCCUGGUGGAUUUCACCUUGGAUGUGGCUACAACUCGAGCGGAAAGUGCAAAAAAUAAUGGUGCUGAGGCGGCGAUUGUCACGCUAGAAAUACUUGCUCAUGGAGAAGGCAGGAGCCAUUAUGUCACUCUGGGGUCGGCGUCCCACGUCAACGUGACAAGAACGAGCGCAGGAGAACAAGUUAGGACCAAUUCCAUGAGUGUCAAGGCGGUAUAGAUGCCGGUGCAGUGUUCAUAUUGAGACCUAGG